UUUUCUCCUUUUCUUUCCUCCUUCCAUUAUAGUCUUGUUCUUUCAACGUUUGUGAUCUGUACUUCUCCAUGGCUCUUGCAACUCCAUUUUUUUUUUUUCUUUUUGAGCCGUCAAUACCGAGUUCAACUUUUAAAACUUCAAGCGUAUACACAGUCACAUGCAGCCUUGGCUUUCAUGCGACUGCUCCAUGUGAUUUUCAUGUGAGGUGACUUGAGGAAUUUGGGUUCAGAUCUGUGCUUGAGGGUGUUACCCUGUUCCUUUAACUGUAAACUAGUUUUGAGAGUGGGGUUCUGUCUCCGCUUCACCAAGUUGCUCCAGAAAAAGAUUCCACGGUCGUUGUGAAACUAAAAAUUGAAGGUGCAAUCUUUUUGGUUCCACAAUGAAGUUUAUGAAGCUUGGAUCCAAACCUGAUUUUUUCCAGAGUGAAGGAAAGGAUGUCAGGUCAGUGGCAACUGACUUACCAGCUGACAUUAUUAUUCAUGUUGGAAAUAUCAAAUUUCAUUUACACAAGUUUCCCCUGUUGUCCAAGAGCCAACUUAUGCAGAAACUGAUCGCGUCCGCACAUGGUGAAAAAAGUGAUGAGGUUUCCAUUUCCGAUAUCCCUGGAGGUGCUGCAGCAUUUGAAAUCUGUGCGAAGUUUUGCUAUGGUAUUACUGUGACACUCAAUGCCCACAAUGUAGCUGUUGCACUUUGUGCUGCUGAGUACUUAGAAAUGAAUGAGACAGUUGAGAAAGGGAACCUUAUUUAUAAGAUCGGUGUGUUCCUAAGAACAAGCAUUUUACGUGGCUGGAAAGACUCCAUCAUAGUUCUUCAGACUACAAGAUUUCUUCUGCCUUGGUUAGAGGACUUGCAAUUGAUUAGCGAUUGCAUAGACUCUAUAGCAUCCAAGGCCUCAAUUGAUCCUUCAGAAGUAGAAUGGUCAUAUACGUACAAUAGGCGAAAGCUUCCAUUUGAAAAUGGUCACGAUCCUCAUUUGAAUGGAGUUAGAAAAGAAUAUUCAGUGCCCAAUGACUGGUGGGUUGAAGACUUGUGCGAGCUUCAGAUUGACUUCUUUAAAAAAGUUAUAUUGACCAUUAAAACUAAGGCAAAAGUUGAUGCUGAAUUGAUUGGAGAAGCAUUGAAAUCAUAUACAUACAGAAAGCUCUCAAGUUUGGGCAAAGGAUUUGCAAAUAAUGGAAAUGGAGGUGAUGCAGCAAAGAACAGAUCAUUGCUGGAGACAAUCAUUUCAUUAUUGCCCUCAAAUAAGGGCUGUGUCUCCUGCAGUUUUCUACUUAAGUUACUGAGAGCUGGUAGAUUACUAGAUUGUAGCGAAACUAGCAUGAACGAACUUGUGAAGCGGAUAGGAAGACAAUUAGAAGAUGCCACGGUGCCUGAUUUACUGAUUCCUUCUACCUCAGGCGAGGAUACCAUGUAUGACAUCGACAUGGUUCUCAAUAUAGUGGAAGAAUUCAUGAUGCAGGAAAACUGUGCCGCCCAACCCAGUCCAGCAGCAACAAGCAGAAAGAUUCAUGAGUUAAGUAGACCAGCUUUGACCCCAGCCAGUGCAAAGGUCACCGUAGCUAAGCUAGUUGAUGGAUAUCUUGCUGAGGUUGUGAAAGAUCAUAACCUACCACUUUCCAAGUUUAUUGAUCUUGUUGAAAUAGUACCAAGUGAUUCAAGACCCACUCAUGAUGAGCUUUAUCUUGCCAUUGAUACUUUCCUCAAGGAACAUCCAGCCCUUAGCAAGAAUGAGAAGAAAAGGCUAUGUGCAUUGAUAGACUGUAAGAAGCUUUCAGCGGAUGCAUGCGCACAUUCUGUACAGAAUGAACGACUACCAUUGCGAAUGGUUGUGCAGGUCUUGUACUUUCAGCAGAUGAGAGCGUUGGCUGCUACCUCUACCCAAGCUGAAAGCGGCGCAUCGUAUGGUAGCUCAAGGUCAGUCAUCACAACCAACACCGAGGACGAAUGUGCUGAUGGCCUAGUUGAUGAUGACCCAAAAGCCAUAAAGCUCCAUGUUGGGGGGAAGGUCAACGAACAUGAUUGGAGCAGCGGUAGUGACAACAAAAACACAAACAUUUGUGCCAAGAGCAGCAACAGUAAGGUGAAAGGCAUAGUGAUGCCAAAGAAGAUGCUCGGGAAGCUAUUAUCAAGCAACCGACGGAGUAGUGAGAAUAGUAGCUUGUCCGAUACAUCAGGAAGUCCAAGCUCCAAUCGAGAGGAGCCUAAGUUGACCCCUUAUAGGAGUAUAAGAUACGAAGUUUAGUAGCUUCCAGGAAGCAAUUAUGAUACUGUCUUGUUCUAGUGAAAACGCAGUUUGCUUGCAGCUAAAUUGUGUGCCACUAGCUAAAUUGAAAUAGUUGAUGCACUAAACAUGUAUGGAAUUUACUAAUCAAAGACUAUUUGGCUCCUUUCACUGGGCA